ACUUGAAGGGCAUCUGUCCUUGUUCGGCAGUUUCUAGUGGGAAAAUAAAAGAAACUUGCAAAAUGACCGAUUAUAAAAAAGUCCCUCACUCCUAUACGGGCGGUGUCAAACCGAUGAACGUUGAGGGUCGUUUCGGUAAUGAACGCUCUCGUCUAUCUGGUGAAUUUACGGAUGCUGAUCGUGCGUGGAGGAAGCAGUGGCUGAAAGAUCAGGUCAUUGCUCCUGAUGAGCCACGACAUGUACCAGAACUGGUAAGAAGUUAUAAAAACAUAAUCCGGCGUUUUUACCAGUACCCCUUUGACAAGCUCGAAGCAACCCUUGAACCUUAUGUUGGCUUAAUUAACGCAGCGAAAAUUCGCUAUGUCAUCCCAAAAUUUAUUACGGGCUAUGGGCUCGUACUUUACUUUCAGUACUGGAGAUUGUACAACCAGAAUGAUUGGACGAGGGUCAAUGGCUUGUUUUUUAGACAAACCCAAAGGGAUUGUUUACCUUGCCAUUCGGACUACCCCAGGCUGCCAGAUAGGAGUACGCCACAGGAAUACAACGAUAGGGGAUUCUCAAAAAGGAAAGUCUUCGUAGACCUUUAAACGGAAACUUCUUACGGGCAGGUCUUGAGUUACUUUGCUGCAUGAUAAUUGCAUUCGUCCGGAACCCUGAUGCUGUUAUCGGAACGAAACUGUAAAAACAAGACGUUUUAUUUGAGGUGAAAUUUUGGAAAGUAAUGAAAUAUUAAGCGAUGGUAGCACAAUAAAUGUUUAGACAAGCUGUAAACUUCCAAA